AAACAAAAAAAAAAAAAAAAAAAACCAGAGAAAGAAAAAGAGGAAAAAGAAAAGAAAAAACCUAUUGGAUUUUUACAGUUAUAGAAAUUGAAUAUCCACUGAAAAUCAACACUACCAACGACUUUUCAAUUCUUUUCUCCUGCAAGGUCCUGCCAUCACAACUGCAAGCGCUGGUCGCCCAAACACAAUGCAGACAUGGCGCACGUGGUACCUCGCGAAUUGAACCUCAGUCAUUAUGGCCACAACAACGUGGUGGACAAGAUCAAUAUCUCGGUUGUGCCUGGAUUGAAGACUAGUACUGCUUUCUUCACUUUCCUUCGCGCAAACCUCAACGUCAAUCCCAGCGCCGUUUCUACGCCUCUCCUGCAACCGACAUCGACUCUGCCACCACCUUCACCAUUGCCCCUGAUUACCAUGGACUCCCCAGCGCCCUCGAACCCGGAGCGAAAGCUCGAGCCCGUCCCGGACGAUCUUCCUCAGCUGUCGUGCGGUGUCCUGAUCGACGAGGUCGACAAGCUCGAUGCCCUGAAUCUUGUGACCGACUCCAUCGCGCAGCAGCGCCAGACGACCUCUCUGCACCUGGUCUUCCACCCGUACCUGCUGCCUCUCCUCAUAGCCGCCCUGGGCGUGGCAUUCCAGUACAGCUGGCGCGUGAAGCGCGACCUGGGUAUGGCGCUGAUGCUGCACAGCGGCGUCGUCAUGACGUACCUGCUCGCCAUCCGGUACGUAACCGGGCGAUACAUCGGCGUGGCUGAGUCGAUGCGCUGGGAGUGGAUGCAGGCCGAGGACGGGGAGGAGGACACGGUGGUUGGCGUCCGGUUCGGCAGGGAGAUCAUCGGGGCGCUGAUGCUGCGGCUCGAGCCCAGCUCCAACCCGGCGGGGAAGAAGCGGACGCGGGCCUCGGCGCUCAGGGGCGGCAAGGGCGUCAUCCGGGCGUGGACCGUCAAGCUGCGUUUCAGGGGCAAGGGCGUCGGCGCCGACUUGCUGAAGGAGGCCGUCAAGGUCACCAAGGAGAAGUGCGGCAGGGACGCUGCCGUUGGCUUUGCCAAGGAGCAUGCGAACAGCGAGGUCGUGGUGCCAGAGGCACUAAACGGCCUGAUGCGCAAGGACGAGCAGAGGGCGGCCAAGGCCCUGGAAAAGGUCGUGUCCGAAUGGGAAGAGGCGAGAAGACACAAGAGAGGCAACUCGAGGUAACUUCCUUUGGGGGGGGGG